AUGUUUGUUGACAUAGGGUCUGGCAACCCCCAAAUUGCCCUUGAAAACCAGGUGCUACUGUUUCUGCUGACAGUUCUGCAGCCCAGCAGGGGGAAUGACAGUUCUAGACAGGAACUGAAUACUCACCUUGGCCUGCGGUUUGAGGUGGUUCCAUCCUGGUUUAAGGAGACACUUGAAAAAUCAUCUUUUGCAGCUCCUUACGAGUAUGCUGUGGAAACAGCAAAACAGAAGGCUCUUGAAGUAGCAAACAGAAUGCAUGUGAAACACCUAAGAACACCUGAUGUUGUUAUAGGAGCAGACACUAUUGUGGCUGUGGAUGAAGAUAUCCUGGAAAAACCAGUUGAUAAGCAAGAUGCAUAUAGGAUGCUGUCAAGGUUGAAUGGGAAAGAGCACAGUGUUUUCACAGGAGUGGCUAUUAUUCAUUGCAGCAGUAAAGAUAAUCAACUACAGACAGAAAUCACUGAUUUCUAUGAAGAGACUAAAGUAAAAUUUUCUGACCUGUCUGAAGAGCUCUUAUGGGAGUAUAUUCAUAGUGGAGAGCCAAUGGACAAGGCUGGUGGAUAUGGAAUCCAGGCCCUUGGUGGAAUGUUAGUGGAGUAUGUCCAUGGAGACUUCUUGAAUGUGGUGGGAUUUCCUCUGAAUCACUUCUGCAAAAAGCUAGCAGAAUUGUAUUAUCCUCCCCCUAAACAGAAUGUACAAGAUAAAAAGUAUGGCUCUGUCCCUUCUGUGGACACUUCUGAGAACCUAAGUGAUGGAGAAAGUGCGUCUUCACACUUCACAGAACAUACAGGUGCUAGGGAGUUGGACAGCAGUGAGAUAAGUUCCUCAGGAGCUAUUUGCAAGUCUGAAAACAGUUCUCGUGUCACAACUGGUUUUACGGUACCUUUGGAAAAUCGGAAUGGAGUAUCAGAAAGAACAGCAAAACUUCCAUAUAAAAUUCUAGAUCUGCUGGAUGGGUUCAAAGCUUCAAAGGCUCUGUUUGUAGCUUCUAAGCUGAAGAUAUUUGAUCAUCUAAAAGAUAAAGGUCCACUGAAGGCUGUGGAUAUUGCAAGUGAGGUUGGAACCUCUGUGUGUGGAACAGAAAGACUCCUUGAUGGAUGUGCUGCUCUUGGAUUACUGGAAAAGACACCACAAGGUUACAGUAAUACAGAUUCAGCAAAUAUCUACCUGACCUCAGAUGGUGAAUACUCAUUUCAUGACUACAUUAUCCACUGUAAUGACAACGUUUGGCAUAUGUUCACAAACUUGGCGUUUGAUGUCAGGGAAGGCAGAAGGCAGAGCCGUCGAGCCUCUGGGAAGAAAUCAGAGGAUUUAUUUAAGGAUGAUCAUUACAAGAUGGAGGUGGCACGAUGUUUCUUAGCUGCCCUGCACUGCAUUGACCACCUGACAGCAAGAGAUGUGGCUACAGCAUUUGAUCUUUCACAGUUUAAAUCUGCUUGUGAUUUAGGAGGUUGGACUGGAGCUCUGGCUUACAAGUUAGCACAAAUAUACCCAAAUCUCAAGGUCACAGUAUUUGACCUUCCAGAAGUCAUUGCAAUGGCCUCUUCUUUUAAGCCUUCAGGACAACACACAGCUCCAGUGACAUUUGUAGCAGGUAGCUCCUUUACGGAUAACCUUCCAGAAGCAGAUCUUUACAUCCUUUCACAUAUUCUUCAUGGCUGUACUGAUGAAGAGAUACAUGUACUGUUAAGCAAGAUAUCAGCUGUUUGUAAACCAGGCUGUGGGAUUUUGCUGGCUGAAAUGGUAUUGGAUGAUGAGAAGAAGAGCAGGAGCACAGCUCUGCUGCAGUGUUUGAACAUGCUUGUGCAGACAGAGGGAAAGGAGAGAAGUGGCUUUGAAUAUCGAGGCUUACUGGAACAACAUGGGUUCACAGAUGUCAACAUCAGAUUGACAGGAAACUUGUUAGAUGCCAUUCUCCGUGUUAAGACCUAGAAAUAAAUGGAUUUAGUAGUAAAAUCUGGAGGUCUGUAGUCACGUUUGAUGUUUUGUAAAUAUGGAAAUACACUCUCAGUUACCCGUCAAUAUCAUAUACAAGAAAUGU